CCCGGUCGGACCGUGUCGUCCCUUCGCGAACUCAUCGCCAACUUCUCGGAAAAACCGGACAAUGGGAGUAAAUCGGAACGCUCCGGCUGAUGGCUCUGCGUAGCAUGUGAAGUGAUACGUCGAGCCAGGCCCGGACUGAGGUCGCACGCGGCCGGUACAGUGGGACCCACCUGGAGGAUUAACGUGUUGAUUCUUUCAGGGUGCAGACGAAAUGGAGGCGAGAUAAAGUCGGGAGAUGUAACCCGAGGAGAUUGUCACUUCUGAUAUAUUCCGAGGCAGUCGCAGAAACAACGAUGGCGGUUAUAGUGGGCCGCGUGAGGUACCUGCGCACUGGCGCCGUGGUGCUGGUGGUGGCGGGCGGCGCGUCGGCCCGCGUCGCCGGCAAAAUGGGCGGCUACUCCAACAAGAUGGGAGGAAAAUCCACGAGUGGCAUCAACGAGGAGAUAAUCUGGAUCAGCAUAAGCAUGGCGAUUGCGAUAGCGGUGCUCAUAGCCAUCGCGCUCUGCUACAUCUUGAAGGAGAAGUGCUCAAAGAGGCAGGCGUACCGGGAGCAGUCAUGACGAUACAAGGAGGAGUUCGCGAAGCACGCUCUCGCGGACUCCCUCUCGGACUUGGACUUUCCAGCGUACACACUCUACCCACAAUACUCCCCAGACGGCAAGGAGUACUACUACAAUUUUCACCGAUUCUCAUAUUUAAGAGACAGUUUCAAACUACCACCUAAGGAUUACCCAGUAAAAACGAAACAAGAGAUUUAUAUCAACGCGUGAUGAGCUAAAAUAACUCGCCCAAAACGUGAAACGUAUAUUCGACUGAAAGGUAUUCAGUGAUAGCGUAGAAUACCUAUUAUGUAAAUGGAACCGGGUCCAUUUAAGACAGAAAACAAUACUUACACGACCAUUUUCUGGAUCAUGUUUCAACUUUAAGCUGUAUGGACUUAUGUAUUUUUAAUUCCGCAGCAUUUUCAAUAUUAAUCAUUCUUAAAUAAAAUAUUUAAAUAAAUCAUACAGUUAGUCGAUGUAAGACAAAGGUAAGAAAUAAGCAUUUUUAUAAACGUAACAUUAACUUACAUUAAGUAAAGUGGUUCUUCACUCAGCAGACCUGCACAUUAUAAAGAAGAAAGAAAUUCGAAUCCAUCUAGAAUAGCAUGUUAGAUGCUCAUUCUCUAUUACGUAUGACUAAAGACGGGGUAAAAAUAUCGAAGACGUUUUUACUUAGUAUGUAAGAAUGUCAUAUGAUAAAUGUAUCAAGAUUUUUUUUAAAUAAUAGCUAUUAAGUUUUUGAUUUGUUGAAUAUUUCAUUAUUGCUGUUUCUAUUUUGUGCUUUGAAGUGUGGCAAUUGUGGCAUGUAGGUAUUUUGUAGAGAUUUAAUAUUGACUGACAGUCAACUAUGUUUCGUAAUAUCAUUCAAGCAAGUUUCAGGGUCUUACAUUGUUAUAUUAUUAUGAACUAUAAGCGAUCACUUGUUUUACAGAAUUAUUUGUC